GUCACACCUAAAUCAGAUUUCAUCAAUUCCUAUUUAUCCACGAACCUUGAAGAGGGAGAAGAGCCUGUGAUAGCCUUGAGCUGUGCACCUGGCCCAUAGAAACAAGGGCAGAAGCCACAAUAAGCAUUUCCAUCUGCCAGAGACUAGAAUACAGAUCUGUUAGACUGCUCCACUAAAACCAGUUUGUGUAUUCCCACAUGGUGCAGUUUGUGGGAAAAUAAGUCUCAUGUGUAUGAAAUUACAACUCCUUAUACAAUGUUCUCUUUCUGUAUUUCUGUAGUCAAAAAGGCAAUUAACCUAAAUAUGGUAAAGAGAGAGAUCCUGUAAUUCUGAUCGGUCUGUGGCAGUGAUACUGGAUAGAGGCAGUUAUUGCUACUUUCUAGAAAUUACUGGUUUACUUUGUAUUUAAAAUAAACUCUAUUAGAAUAAAACAUCAAGAUACAAGUUAGCAGUGUAAACUAUUUUCAAUGUGACAGUCUGUAGUCAAAGCUUUUUAUUUUUCCUGUAAGGAGACCAAAUACAUUUUCAGAAAUGUUACAUUCACUGUAUAUACAUAUACCUGGCUGGGAAGAAGAUGCCCUAUAAACUUAUUUUUCCAUGUUGGCUACUGCAGUUUUAGCCCAAUGACAGUUCUGUAUUAUGGAAAAAUAAGUGAAAAAUGCAGAUAAUGUUUUGAAUCAAAAUUGUAAAGUAUUAAUAUAGCACUUCUUUAAUGAUUAGAAUAUAAUCUUAUUAAAUUUGUCAUAGAAGCAUGGUUAUAAGAAAAAAAAAAAGAAGCUAAAACUCCCAAAAUUAACUAAGCACAAAUGCCAACCAAACCCUAAUGAUAGAUGAUAAAUGAGACUAAUUCAGAAUUGAGACGCAAUCACCAUGAAAAAAAGCCCCUAAGUUUUAGAGAUAAGAACAAUUAUUAUAAACUCCUGUUUGGAGACCUUUCUUCUCUAAAGUUUGUAGUAUUUAGCACCUGCUCCAGAAAUGUCUUCUAUAAAUAACCAUUUUCUGUUUCAGAUAAAAUUUACAUAGAAAACUAUCUUGGUGCAGCUGCUUAGUUUUCCUACAAUUGUGAAUUGCCAAAAAAGGAACAGUAAUUCCUUGGGGACCUCAGAGUUAAAUCCUUUUUCUGUGACAUGAACCCAUGUGGUGGAGCUGUGAUGGACAUCCAUUCUUACUGCUAACUGUUCUUAGAGUUGCUCAGACUGAGAGCCCUUUUGUAGAUGAUCCUCACUCUUUUACAAUUUCUGUGGCUUUGUAGUUCCAUAAUUACUGUCCCUGAUGGCACAGUGCCCCAGAAAUGAAUAUUUUGAUCAUUUGCUGCUCUCUUGUACUCCUUGUCACCUCCGGUGUUCCAGUGCACCACCGUCCUCCUGUGAAAACUACUGUGAGAAGAGUUCUGAUUCAAGUGGAAUUCUUUGGAUUUGUUUGGGCACAGGGUUGAUUUUAAUACUCACUCUGCUCAUCUUAAUGGUCUUGUUCAAAUGGAAGCACCUAAAGAAAGUAAAAGAAAAACUGGAAAACACAGACUCCUCUGUGGAGCCGAAUAAUAUUCUCAAGGCUAAUACUGAAAGCAGUGUGAAUGCAGAAGAAAUUAAACACACACUUCCAAGUGAAACAUUAAUGUAUUCAGUGGAAGAAUGCACUUGCAGUGACUGUGGCUUGGUAAAACCUCAGACUGGCCGUGAAACUUCAUUUCCAUUACCAGCUACUGAAGAACGAGCUACUGUUCUAGUUACCACCAAAUCUUUUGAUCAUUACAACUAUGUUCUGGGUGUUGGAUGACUGGGAGAGAAAUAUAUUUGUACUGAGUAAUAAUAAAUGAGUUAUUCCAGUAUAGCUGUUAACCUUAAUACUUGCAGUCAGUGGAGAAGGUAGUACAUCAUCCUUAGAGAUCUCCCAUUGUGCUUGCAUUAAUAUUGUCACAUAUUAUUUCUAGUUCUAGUAUUUCAUUAGUCAAGUAUUUCUAGGCACUCAACUAGUUACUGGAAUUUUUAAUUUCAGAAAGUCUUUACAUAUGGCAGCUUUUUCUGC